UUUUUCUCUGGCUGGACACCUGGCCGGGAGACUGGGACCGGCAAGCGGCUGGGAGGUUUUACCGCGCGGCGUUGCAGGCGCUGUGAGGAGGGCACCCGGUUCCGGAGUGUGUGUCCAGCAAUGCCGGCGCAGCGCCCCGCCAGCAGCGGCGGGUCCGUAGCUCCCGAUAUGGUUGAACAGCCGGAGACUGCCGUGAUUACCCCAGCCAUGGUAGAGGAGGAAGAACAGCUUGAAGCUGCUGGGCUAGAGAGAGAGAGGAAGAUGCUAGAAAAGGCUCGCAUGUCUUGGGAUAGAGAGUCCAUGGACAUUCGAUAUCGUAGACUUCAGCAUUUGCUUGAAAAAAGCAAUAUUUACUCCAAAUUUUUAUUGACUAAAAUGGAACAGCAGCAGUUAGAGGAACAGAAGAAGAAAGAGAAAUUGGAGAGAAAAAAGGAAUCUUUAAAAGUUACUAAGGGUAAAAAUUCCAUUGAGGCAAGUGAGGAGAAUGCAGUUAUGAGAAAGAAAAGAGGAAGAGAAGAUGAAUCAUACAGUAUUUCAGAGGUCAUGUCAAAAGAGGAAAUUUUGUCUGUGGCUAAGAAAAGUAAAAAGGAGAAUGAGGAUGAAAGCUCCUCUUCUAAUCUCUGUGUAGAAGAUCUUCAGAAAAAUAAAGAUUCAAAUAGUAAAAUUAAAGAUAGGUUAUCUCAAACGGUUAGGCAAAAUACUAAAUUCUUUUUUGACCCAGUUCGGAAAUGUAAUGGACAGCCAGUACCCUUUCAGCAACCAAAACACUUCACAGGAGGAGUGAUGCGAUGGUACCAAGUGGAAGGCAUGGAAUGGCUUAGGAUGCUUUGGGAAAAUGGAAUUAAUGGCAUUUUAGCAGAUGAAAUGGGAUUGGGAAAGACAGUUCAAUGCAUUGCUACAAUUGCAUUGAUGAUUCAGAGAGGAGUACCUGGACCUUUUCUCGUCUGUGGCCCUUUGUCUACACUUCCUAACUGGAUGGCUGAAUUCCAAAGAUUUACACCAGAAAUUCCUACUAUGUUAUAUCAUGGGACCCAGCAAGAACGUCGAAAAUUGGUAAAGCAUAUUCACAAACGGAAAGGGACAUUGCAGAUUCAUCCUGUGGUGAUCACUUCAUUUGAGAUAGCCAUGAGAGACCGAAAUGCAUUACAGAAUUGCUACUGGAAAUACUUAAUAGUAGAUGAAGGACACAGGAUUAAGAACAUGAAGUGCCGCCUAAUCAGGGAGUUAAAACGAUUCAAUGCAGAUAACAAGCUUCUUUUGACUGGUACUCCUUUGCAAAACAACUUAUCAGAGCUUUGGUCAUUGCUGAACUUUUUGUUGCCAGAUGUAUUUGAUGACUUGAAAAGCUUUGAAUCUUGGUUUGAUAUCACUAGUCUUUCUGAAACCGCUGAAGAUAUUAUUGCUAAAGAAAGAGAACAGAAUGUAUUGCAUAUGCUGCACCAGAUUUUAACACCUUUCUUAUUGAGAAGACUAAAAUCUGAUGUUGCCCUUGAAGUUCCUCCUAAACGAGAAGUAGUUGUUUAUGCACCACUUUCAAAGAAACAAGAGAUCUUUUACACAGCCAUUGUGAACCGUACAAUUGCAAACAUGUUUGGAUCCAGCGAGAAAGAAACAGUUGAGCUGAGUCCCACUGGACGACCAAAACGGCGAACUAGAAAGUCAAUAGAUUACAGCAAAAUAGAUGAUUUCCCUAAUGAAUUGGAAAAACUGAUCAGCCAAAUACAGCCAGAGGUAGACCGAGAAAGAGCUGUUGUGGAAACAAAUAUCCCUAUAGAAUCUGAAGUCAAUCUGAAGCUGCAGAAUAUAAUGAUGCUACUUCGUAAGUGCUGUAAUCAUCCAUAUUUGAUUGAGUACCCUAUAGACCCGGUCACACAAGAGUUUAAGAUUGAUGAAGAGUUGGUAACAAAUUCUGGGAAAUUCUUAAUUUUGGAUCGAAUGCUGCCAGAACUAAAAACCAGAGGUCAUAAGGUGCUGCUUUUUUCACAAAUGACAAGAAUGUUGGACAUUUUGAUAGAUUACUGUCACUUUAGAAAUUUCAACUUUAGCAGGCUUGAUGGAUCCAUGUCUUAUUCAGAGAGAGAAAAAAAUAUGCACAGCUUCAACACAGAUCCAGAUGUGUUUAUCUUUUUAGUGAGUACACGAGCUGGUGGUCUGGGCAUUAAUUUGACUGCAGCAGAUACUGUUAUCAUUUAUGAUAGUGAUUGGAACCCCCAGUCUGAUCUUCAGGCCCAGGAUAGAUGUCAUAGAAUUGGUCAGACAAAGCCAGUUGUUGUAUAUCGUCUUGUUACAGCAAAUACUAUUGAUCAGAAAAUUGUGGAAAGAGCAGCUGCUAAAAGAAAACUGGAAAAGUUGAUCAUCCACAAAAAUCAUUUCAAAGGUGGUCAAUCUGGAUUAAAUCAAUCUAAGAACUUUUUAGACCCUAAGGAAUUAAUGGAAUUAUUAAAAUCUAGAGAUUAUGAAAGGGAAGUAAAAGGAUCAAGAGAGAAGGUCAUUAGUGAUAAAGAUCUGGAGUUGUUGUUAGAUCGAAGUGAUCUCCUAGAUCAAAUGAAUGCCUCAGGACCAAUUAAAGAGAAGAUGGGGAUUUUCAAGAUACUAGAAAAUUCUGAAGAUUCCAGUCCCGAAUGUUUGUUUUAAAUUGGAGCUAAAAGAAUGUCUUUAAAAACUUCUUGUUUACAUCUGGUGAUCUGUAUUGGUGUUAAAAUCCAGAUUUUUCACUCUACUUCUUUGAUUAUAUCAGUUUACAUAAUAUAACUUGUACCAUUGCAUAUGUUUCUGAGCCUUAUUAAGAGCAAAGACAUAUUCAUAGUAAGUUUCAGUUAAUUUUUCGGACUCGAUAGUACUCCUGGGUAUAGGCUGUUGUGUCCUUAACCACUGCCAGAUUUAUACAGUCUUCCUGUGGAAGUUUAAUGUCUUUCCCCCACCCUCCUUUUUAGCAGUACAGUUCAUGAGUUUUUGGUACUUCAGUUAUGGAGUAGGCUUUGGAUGGGGGAAAGAUUGGGAUUAUACUCUCUAUUGUUUAAAUAAGAAAUGGUUUGAUUUUUAGGGUCUCUUUCUAUAAAAUAGUUUGCCAAAUAAAUGUUUGUUAUAAGAUGA